UCUAAUUUUAUAUUAUAAAAUUAUAAUUACGAAUCCUUUGAUAUUAAUAGGUCUGUUUAUAUUAUAAUUACGUUAUGUUAUUACUUUUUUAGAGUAUUCUAGAGUAAAUUAGAACCUCCGUUGUGUUUCUGUUAAUAAAGUGAGAUAUGAGUGGGUACCCAAAACUAUCUGAAUAGAAAUUGACUCAGUUUAUUUAGUUUUAUGUGAUGCUUGUUCAGAAUUUUAUUGUUUAGUAACUUUAUCAUAUAAUUUAGAUUUCUGUUCUAAUUCGAAAGUUAUGAUAGAAGGGUAAAUUAAUGAAAAUGUGUAUCAACAAAUGCAUGUUGUUCUGUUUUAUUAACAGUCAAACGUGUGGAAGACAAAUAUUCAAGCUUGUACCUGCUAUUUUUUGACAAAUUUUUUUAACAAAAAAAGGAUGUUAUCUGUAUCCAUAACAAACAUGAUGUGUUGCUUCCAAGAAGUUAGCUUGAAUCAUCCUAUUUAUAUAUAAUACUGCUUCAUGUGUCUUGCAGAUUCUCUCAAUCUUGGUUGUUACUAGUUGACCUCCAUUUAUCGAUCUUUAGAGAGAAAACUUACAUCCUUUGGUGCUACAAGAAAUAGCUUCAAGUAGUGUGGCUGAUCAAAGGUUUACAUUUCAAUUGCAUAAUCUUUCCUGCACAUACUUAAUAAUAAGAUUAUUGUCUCCUGCAGAAUAUAUAGACAUGGAAACAAGUGAAAUAACUAAUUCUGCUACUGAAGCAAUCCCAUCUCUAAUCAAAUAUAUUUACGAUGAAAUGGAUGACUUUGGUAUCAUCGUAGAUGGUCAGCUUGAGCCAACAGGAUCUAGUUCUUUUGAGAACUCACCUGUCGUGGUAACUGAAGCUGCUACUGAACGACAGCAUGGAAGGAAGCAUUCGGUUUCCAUUAGUUUGCCACCCUCUCCUUUGGCUGGUUACUCACCACCGAUUCAAAAAAGAGUUGUUUUCAGUGAUAAUAAUGAGAUUAUAUUCAGCAAUGUUGACUCUUCUGAUUCGGCUACUACAUCAACCGAUAAUAGCACCAGACGUAACAAAAAAGUCAAGUUUUAUUCUCACACAAUGCCAAGACAUACUGCAUUUCCUGAGGCACCUGCUAUGGGGAAACUUCUCAGCUAUUCAGACUUUGCAUCAAGGAGUCCCAAGAUGAUGAAGCAAAGGGAUUCAAGGUUCGACUCUUACAAAACAUGGUCUGGUAAACUUGAGAGACAAAUUUCAAAUCUGCGCGGAAAGAAUGUGGAAGGACAGCAAGAGUCAAACUCUCGACCAAGUGCAGAGAUUGAAAAUAUUCCUGUAGACCGGUACUUUGCUGCGUUGGAGGGACCUGAGUUGGAUACUCUACGGGCUUCCGAGCAAAGUAUUCUUCCGGAGGACAAGAAAUGGCCUUUCCUUCUUAGAUAUCCUAUUUCUUCCUUUGGUAUCUGUCUUGGUGUUAGUAGCCAAGCUAUUAUGUGGAAAGCUCUUGCCACUUCUUCCUCAACAAAAUUCCUCCAUAUAAGCUUAGAUGUAAAUCUUGUCCUUUGGUGCAUAUCCGUGGCCCUUAUGGCGGUUGUUGCUUUCACCUAUGCUUUGAAAAUCAUUUUCUACUUUGAAGCAGUUCGUCGUGAGUACUAUCACCCCAUACGUAUUAACUUCUUCUUUGCUCCGUGGAUAUCGCUUCUAUUCUUAGCACUAGGAGUUCCACAAUCAGUUACUAAAACCCUUCCCAUAGCUUUAUGGUACAUUCUUAUGACCCCAAUCUUUUGCUUAGAGCUUAAGAUCUACGGACAAUGGAUGUCUGGAGGACAACGAAGGCUCUCAAAGGUUGCCAACCCUGUAAAUCAUCUCUCUGUUGUUGGAAAUUUUGUUGGUGCUUUGCUUGGUGCAUCCAUGGGACUAAAAGAAGGCCCGAUAUUCUUCUAUGCUGUUGGAUUAGCUCAUUAUGUGGUCUUGUUUGUGACUCUUUACCAAAGACUUCCAACAAAUGAGACGCUGCCAAAGGAUCUUCACCCGGUCUUCUUUCUAUUUGUUGCUGCACCUAGUGUUGCUUCUAUGGCAUGGGCAACCAUCCAAGGGUCUUUUGAUUAUGGAGCUCGGAUUUCUUAUUUCAUCGCUCUGUUCCUUUAUUUCUCAUUGGCUGUUCGUAUUAAUUUCUUCCGAGGCAUCAGGUUUUCUUUGACUUGGUGGGCGUAUACUUUCCCCAUGACCGGAGCUGCUAUUGCUACCAUCAGGUAUUCAGCUGUAGUUACCAACACUCUCACAAAGUGUCUAGUCGUCAUACUUUGCUCUCUUGCUACACUCACAGUAACCUCGCUUCUUGUGACAACUAUCAUCUAUGCCUUUGUAAUAAGAGACCUCUUCCCAAAUGACAUUUCAAUUGCAAUUAGUGAAAGAAGGCAUAAAUCAAGUGGAAUAUGGCAUCUCAGUAGCUCAGACACCAAACAUAUCGAACAAUAUCUUAAAUAUGUAGAUUCAUCCGAGGAAAAAGACAUUGAAGCUUCGCUUGCACAUCCAAAGUUGAUCACCUCUGCCUCAAACCAACUUCCUCAACAAUGAGUUAUGCAGUUCCAUCACCCUUUUUUGUGAAAUUCUUAAUUAAUCAAGUGAGGAACACAAAGAGUUUGACAGUUCCUGUGAAGUUGAUAUAGAAAAGUAUCAAGUAUCAAGCUUCUUCUAAUGAGGAGGUACAUACAUUUGUUUUUGUUCGAGUGUCUACCCAAAUUUUUUUACAUUUGUAUAAACUGGUCGAGUUGAAUGGUCCUAAUGUCAUCAAGGUUCUUAUA